UGGCGGCACUGACGGCCAUCAAGCCUUUAAUAGGCAGCAACAAAAGCAGAAACACCGCAUAAUUCACAACUUUAGUCCCAAUAAUGCACUAAUAACGGCGAUAAUGACGGAAUUGAUAUCUGCGAAGGUAGCCAAAUAAGUCUGGGCGACAUUUGCAGCAGUAAUAAAACAUCGAAGAAACUACAAAAUUUUGAUUCAAGUGAUACCAAACUAAUACGUAUCAACGAUGCAUUAAUCGGAAUGAACACAAUUGAAAACUUAAACAGGCUUAAAACCGCUUGUAGCAAAGUCCCUGGUACUGAUAUUACCAGCGAAGGCAUUACCACUGUCGAUAUCGGUGUCAUAAUUGCGGCAAGUCACUGUGGUGAAGGCAAAAAUGGAACCAAACGUAAAGUUUGUGUUAUUGAUGGUGAUGCUGGCGGCGGUAACAAUAAACCUAUUAGUGCCGUAAAUGGUUCUAAUGAUGUGGGUGUAGGUGACGGUGACAAUGCUAUCGAAGGACUAUUUUAUCGCAACUAUCAACCGCAGAGCACGAGCCAUGAUUCUCAGCCGAUUUCACCGUCAUGUGGAGAUAACGACUACCUACUAAAUUUACAGCAUACGGCGAUUUCCACACCUAUAUCCGAAGAUAUCAAAUUAAUGGGCAUGAAUCCAAUACUUACGCAUCACAUGCAUAAGAGUUAUCGACAUUUUGCAGCGGCCGCUGAAUUGCAUCUCAAUCAUCUGCCACGCAAAUUUAAGGUGGAUUCUGCAAGCCACAAAAAUAUUCGGUAA